UGCAGACCAAGCUGCCGCGGAAGAUGGCGGCGGAGGCGCUGAGUGGAGGGGAGGCGCCGGUCUGCGACUCUGGCCGGAGUGAUGCCAUCUGCAAUUUUGUCAUUUGCAAUGACUCUCCCCUUCGAGGUCAGCCUGUUAUCUUCAAUCCUGACUUUUUUGUGGAGAAACUCCGACAUGAGAAGCCAGAGGUGUUCACCGAGUUGGUGGUCAGCAAUAUUACAAGACUUAUUGAUUUGCCUGGGACUGAGCUGGCCCAGCUGAUGGGUGAAGUGGACCUUAAGUUGCCUGGUGGGGCUGGCCCUGCAGCAGGAUUCUUCAGGUCUCUAAUGUCUCUCAAGCGGAAGGAAAAAGGAGUAGUAUUUGGAUCUCCAUUGACAGAGGAAGGCAUUGCCCAGAUAUAUCAACUGAUUGAAUAUCUGCACAAAAACCUGCGAGUAGAGGGCUUGUUUAGAGUGCCAGGCAACAGUGUCCGACAGCAGCUUUUGAGGGAUGCUCUCAAUAACGGAACUGAUAUUGACUUGGAUUCAGGAGAGUUUCACUCAAACGACGUUGCCACGCUGCUGAAGAUGUUUCUAGGAGAGUUACCAGAGCCCCUUCUGACCCACAAACAUUUUCAUGUACACCUCAAAAUUGCUGAUCUGAUGCAGUUUGAUGAUAAAGGAAAUAAAACCAACAUACCAGACAAGGAGCGGCAGAUCGAGGCCUUGCAGCUGCUCUUCCUAAUCCUCCCUCCGGCCAAUCGUAACUUGCUAAAGUUACUGCUUGAUCUCCUGUAUCAGACAGCGAAGAAGCAAGACAAGAAUAAGAUGUCUGCCCACAACCUUGCUCUUAUGUUUGCGCCCCAUGUCCUGUGGCCCAAAAAUGUCACUGCAAAUGACCUUCAGGAGAACAUCAUCAAGUUAAACACAGGAAUGGCUUUUAUGAUCAAACACUCCCAGAAACUGUUUAAGGCUCCUGCUUAUAUUCGGGAAUGUGCCAGAUUGUACUAUCUGGGCUCCAGAACACAGGUGUCAAAGGAUGAUCUUGAUCUGACAACCUCAUGUCAUGCCAUGUCCUUCCAGCUGGCAAGAUCUCAGAAACAGAGCAGGGUAGAUUCUUACUCCCCGCAGGAGGAGACCCAGCAGCACACAGAAGAGGCACUGAGGGAGCUCUUCCAGCAUGUUCAGAACUUGCCAGACUCCGCGAAGAAGAAACAACUUAUCAGACAGUUCCAUAAGCAGUCUUUGACUCAAACGCCAGGGAGAGAACCGUGUACUCCCAGGGUCCAGAAGAGAGCCCGCUCACGCUCCUUCAGUGGGCUUAUCAAGCGCAAAGUCCUGGGCAGUCAGAUGACUUCAGAAAAGAAAGACAGUUCCCCUGCUCCAGAGUCUGUGGCCAUGGGGGAACUGAAGAAAGCCAGCAAAGAAAAUAUGAACUUGUUCUUCUCUGGCUCUCCAACUGUCACAGUGACACCGACAAGGUUGAAAUGGUCUGAGGCAAAGAGAGAGGGGAGAAAAGGAUUCUUUUGAAGCCCUACCUUACUACUGUCCUCCACAGUGAAGUUUCUCUUCAGUGGGACAAGUGUUAUUUCUGUUCUCAGUGAAGCCUGGAUCUGCAGCUGCUUGCUGCAUUUUGACUUGAGAAAGCCAACUCAAUCCCUGCCCCGACUGAUACCUCUAACCCACUCACUGGAUGUCUCUGAAGCUGUGUGUCUGAGAGGGCUACACUCUUGUUUUCAGUGUCAGAAGCCAUAGCUGCCUGCCCAGCUGACACAGUGCAGCCUGUAGGCAGGCAGCUACGCUCAUUCCAUGUGCUUAGGUCGGCUCUGUUGCUCCAGAUAGGAAAAUCUGUGUUUAAUUGCUAGUAGUAUUUUUUUAAAAGUACUGUAGGUCUUAGUGGAUUGUUAUUUUUAACUGGUGUUCGAGGCUUUCCUCUGUGUUAUUAGUAUUGAGUAACUGCUUGUUUACUUGUUUUAGAAGCCAUUAUUUUGAUGGAUAAUUAAGCAAAUUACAAGUUAAAUGCUUUUGACCCCCUUUUUAUUUUGAGCUUGAGAAAUCUCUUUAUCUUUGUGUUCAAAGAAUUUAUAGUUUUCGUAGACAAUCUAUUAUUUCUUAUGUCUAAUAUAGAGGAUUUGGCCUGGCAAUGAGAAAGAAUUCAGUAUAGUGUGUUUAACAGAUCUCAGUCAUUAAGCUGCACCCCAUACCUCUGUGCGUCCUGCGCACUCCUUGUCUGGAGGUGCAGGAGGUGGCGGAGUACGGAGAGCCUGUGUCUAGUGAGCCGCACGUGUCAGUUGAGAAUGCUGAGGUGUGGGCCUGGCUCUGCGGAACUGUCAACUAUGCUCACUCACCCUACUGUGGGGACCAGAUACCUAGCAAAGUACGGUUUCGACCUAACGAUGGACAGUUGAACUUGGGUUAUUGUUGAGAUGAAGGCUGACGUUGUCUGUCUGUCAGCCCUCUCUUCCAUACUACACUGUUUUGUUGCCGUAACGGCAAUGCUGAAGGAAAAUGUGAUAUUUUCCCUUAUAGCUGGAUAGUUUGGGAGCAUGGAGGUAUGUGAUCUAUAAUGGAUUUUAAGUCCUUUCUCUAUAGUAGUUUUAGGUCAUCCUUAAGGAUCUUUAUUAGCAAAUUCAUUUGUCUAGGUUUCUGACUCUUUCUGGUGGUGUUGUUACUAAGAAAAAGGUUCUUUUUAAAAUAAAUUUAUUAUGGCAGGCAUAUAGUUAGGUCAAACAGAAAUCUCUUUUGUAUUAGCAAAUGAGAGAAGUUCUCCUCAGCGUGGCUUGCUUUGAGUGUGUCCCAGCAUGCUGUAAUGUAGCACUAUGCAGGGAGAGCCAGGCAGUGCCUUAAUGCAUCCAAGAGACUGAGCAGACGAGUGUGGGUGAGUGGAAGCAGUGCCCAGGUGUGGUGUGGGUGAGGGUGGUGAGAGAGGCGUGCCCCAUGCACGUGCUCGCUGUAGGCACUUAGUUACCACAUGCAUUUGGGAAUGUGUACUUUAUUUAUUUAUUGGAUAGUCAUUACUUGCUCUAAGGGUAUUUUAGGUCAUUUUUUUUCUAUAGAAGCUGUGAUCCAGUGCAGAAUAAACUUGAGGAAAAGCAUAACCUACUGUGUCUUGUAACACGUGACUGGCUGUUCUAACCUGUGGUAUCUUCUAGGAAACUUGGACAAAAGCUCUGUUGUUGUCACAGAAGGUUGCUGUGGGCUUUCUGACAAGGCACACAGUUGCUGUUUUUGAGCCAGUAUUUAACCAAUGUUUUUAACCUUUUGUUUGCUUGAGACAGAGGCCUCUCUGUAUUGUCCUGGCUGACCUGGAACUCACUCCGUAGACCAGGCUGGCUUUGAAUUCAGAGUUUUCCUGUCUCUGCCUCCCCAGGAUUGGGAUUAAAGGUGUGAGUGGCCACUGCCCAGCUGACCUGUGUCUUAAAGGGUCUUUAUUUUAUUUAUUUUCCAUGUUGGAGCAAUCUCUUUGACAGAACCUUUCUUUUCUCUCUGGGGUUAAUUGUCAUAGGCUCUGAUGUUGUGUCGAGUGUUGUUGGUGGUUGUUGUUGCCAGACGGACCCAUAUGACGAGACAGAUCAUAUCUGAUUUGUAUCUGCACUAGGUAAAUGGAUAGAGGCUGUGGGCCCUUUCUCUGAGGUUUUACAGAAGCAGAUUUUCUCACUGAGAUCAGUGAUCAGGUUUGCACCCGCCCCCGCGCUGUCCUCGGUUCCCCAUCACACAUGCACUGUGUAGGGAACAGUUGGGAGACAGCAUUGGUUGUACCCUGGUACCCGAGUGCUGGAGCAUUUCAGAAGCACAGCUGAUGGGGCCUGAGGGAGGCCAUCACACAGAGUGUGCUGCACUCUGAAGGUCCUCCCAGAGUCAGUCAGGAUCGCCGAAGAAGCACCCUGGGAGACGAGGCAGCACAGGAUGCUGACUGCCAGGCUGUGCCAGCUCUGUUCUCUGACUCCUUUCCCUGCGGACAGCACCAUCCCCGCUCUCCUACACCCUAAGGUCUUUAGACUGAAGUGAGGAUCCAGAUCUAAACCAGCAGGACUGCCCUAGAAUUUGGAGAAUUUGGCAUCCUAAGAUGAAGCUUUUGAGGGACCUUAGUGGCUGGUGGCCUGGUGGCAGACUCCCUGUCAAAGCUGGCUUUGCUAGACAGCUAGUGCUGAGAGCUGUGCGCCAUUGAUGGAGGCAGGCCAGUGAGGAGAUGGAGGCUAAAUAAUAACCUGAGUGCUUUGUCACCAUGGAAACUGGAGUUUGUGAGGCCACAGCCUGUGCUGAAGAGCUUUUGAGCAUGCCUCUGACAUGCUGGGUCCAGAGGACUAUGGAGAAGGUGUUCUCUCAGCCAAGGCCUUUCAGCAACGCUUGCUUGCCUGCGCACGCUGUGUGUACUCACUUGUUCACUCGACCCCCAGAAGGUUUCUUAGGAGAAGGUUGUACCUAUUUGUUGUUUUUUAUUAUUUUGCACAUAUAUAUGUAAUUGUAAAGAAACAAACAUAUAUUGUCUUUUAUAUUCAUGUAAUAUUCUGAAAUUAAAUUUUUUUCUGUUUCA